GAAAGACUAAUGGCUGAAGAAAGAUCAAAGGAAGAUAAUCAAGCGAAUAACAGUGGGGAUGGGCGUAUUGACUGGUUUGGAUUCGAGAAUAGAGUCAGACAGUUACUGCAGAGAUUGGUGGAACCGACAGGUAGGCUGGAAGAGGGGGUCAGAAGGGAUAAAAGGGGAAUAAGAGGGAGGUAUUAGAGACCUUAAGGGGGUAAAGGGAGUUUGAAAGGGUUUUGGGCAUUUU